CAUAUUGAAUUGGGUCAAAAGUUACGACACCAUACGUUGGGGCCAACUCCGCAAUUAAUCGAAAGUUGCAUUUUCCUGAUACGGUCCCUGCAAAUGCGGAACAAAACCGGAUUCUCAGAUUGACCGGAGAAGCAAGGAAGGAAACUAACAGCACAUCAUCAGCCAUGGGUUCCGAUCCUGAAAAGUUGAUGACCAAAGCCGAUAAACUGACAAAAUUAAGUUUUACCAGGUGGAGUAGCGAUUGGAGAAGUGCUACUGUUUUAUAUGAGCAGGCAGCUAAUGGAUUUAGGGUUGCUAAAAGUUAUGAGAAAGCAAAAGAAGCAUUUGAGAAAGCUUCAAAAGGACAAGAGAUGCUUUCCUCGCCUUGGGAUGCUGCUAAACAUAUGGAGUCUGCUGCUACCAUGGCGAAGGAACUAGGCAACUGGAAAGAAGUUGCUGACUUUUAUAGAAGGGCCUCUGAGCUGUACAAUGAAUGUGGGAGGGCGCAACCUGCAUCUGACGCGCUUGGAAAAGGUGCACGUGCUUUAGAAGAUGGUGCACCUGAUGAAGCUGUUCAGUUGUAUAUUGAAGCCUGUGACACUCUUGAAGAGGAUGGGAAGGAACAAAUGGCCUUUGAUCUAUAUCGUGAUGCUACAAGGGUUUAUCUGAAGCUUGAAAAGUAUGAAGAUGCUGCAGGUAUCCUAUUAAGGUUGGCAUUAGCUGCUGACAAGUGCAACGCAACACACAGCCAGUGCAAGGCUUAUCUUAGUGCAAUCAUUGUAUACCUGUAUGCCCAUGACUUUAGGCAAGCGGAAAAGUGCUACAAUGAUUGUUGUCAGGUUGAAGUUUUCCUGAAUAGCGAUCAAGGUCGCUGUGCUGGUAAAUUUCUCUCUGCUUAUGCUGAAGGCGAUGUUGAGGAUAUUAAACGCGUGGCGCAAUCAAGCACUGUAUCAAAUCUUGAUCACACGAUCAUCAAGAUUGCGAGGAAAUUGCCUACGGGGGAUGUUAGUGCGUUCAAGAAUGAAGCCACGAAAGACAAUGAAGAGCCUUUGGAUGAAGAUGAUCUGACCUAGACUCUCACUAGUUGAUGGAAAUGAGUCAAAGCUUCAUGUGUGCUGAGUUUGUGGUGUGACCUACAAUCAAAUAUAUAAAACUCAAGUCUUCUUUUACUAUUUUAUCCUGUUAGAUUUGUUGAUUAUAUCAUGAGAAAAUGUCUGAGAGACACCCUGUACAGAAGAAUCUCACAAACCAUCGCUCCACGGAUUGAUUUGCAGAUUGGAAGCUUUUGUUUGCGAUGUGAUUUCAUUUUUUAUAGAAGCUAUUUGGUGAUUGUUGGAUCAUUGAAGUGCAAUCUUAGCAUUGUGGUUCUGUACUUUAUGUGAAUUAAAUGAACUCAAUUCUGGA